AUGUCUUGGGAUGAUGCUGGAAACGACGAUGCUGUCCUGAUGGACUCCUGGGAUGCCGAGGUUGAUUUUGCCGGCGAUGAGCCUAUUCUGGACUCAUGGGAUGAGGAGCCAAAGGCCAAGAAGGAGGCUGCCAAGCCUAAGCCUAAGCCAAAGGCUGGUGGUAAGAAGAAUGCCAAGGGUGAGGAGAAGAAAGAGCAAGUGCUGGCCAUUGAUGAGCUAGAUCCUCAGACGCGGAAGGAGCUGAUGAAGAAGGCCGAGCUAGAGUCCGACUUGAACAACGCUGCUGAUCUUCUUGGAGACUUGGAGAUGGCCGAGGAGCACCCAAGAGCUCGUGCUAUGCAGAAGGAGCAAGAAUUGGCAGCACAAGCCGCACUUUUGAGACCUGCGAUGACUAAAGACACACCAAUUGAAGACCACCCAUUAUUCAAGGCAGAGACCAAGAAGGAAUACCAGGACCUAAGAAAGGCAUUGGCUACUGCCAUUGUCACUAUGCAUGAAAAAUCUUCUCUAAACUACUCAUCCUCCUUGGCCAUUGAUUUGAUCAGAGACGUAUCGAAGCCAAUGUCCAUCGAAAAUAUUAGACAGACUGUCGCCACCCUAAAUAUCCUAAUCAAGGACAAGGAGAAGGCUGAAAGACAGGCUCGUUUGGCUCGUGUCAAGGGUGGUACCGCUACUGGUGGUGCUGGUAAGAAGAAGGCUAAGGCCAAGACCAAUUUGGGUGGUGCUUUCAAGAAAGAUCAAGAUUUCGACGUGGAUGACAUCAACUAUGAUGACUUCGGUGCUGACGAUUUUAUGUAA